UAUCGACCCUUUCCCCGCUUGCUUCUACUCGGCAAUCGUCCUGAACGCUGGUUCGCAUGGACUGCCGAUCCUUGACAAUCCGAAUCUCACCUGGAAUGUUGACGCUGUCGUGUUCAACUCGCUGUCUCACCUGCCCCCUAGCCAGCCCCUCUAUAUAACCAGCAGUGGUAGCUAAUAAUGCAGAUUCUAGGUGAGCACCCACCACAUACUACAGAACCACUGCAUCAUCCCCCGCCCUCAUCCGCCGAACUGUACCAUUAUCAACACCGCACCAUACCUAUCUAACACCCUUCUCCGCACCAGCAUCAGCACCAUCCACCAUGAAGGACAUUAUCGCGAAAUACCGCCCGGACCUCAAGCCCUUCGAGGAGAUCUACCGCCACCUCCACCAGAACCCCGAACUCUCCGGCCAGGAGCAGGAGACCGCCGCCACCGCGGCGGAGCACCUCCGGAGUCUGGGGUUUGAGGUGCACACGAACCUCGGCGGCCACGGGGUGGCCGGCGUGCUCCGCAACGGCGAGGGCCCGACGGUGCUCGUGCGCGCUGACAUGGACGCCCUGCCCGUGGAGGAGAAGACGGGCCUCCCCUACGCCAGCACGAAGACGGCCACGGACACGGAGGGCGUGACGCGACCCGUCAUGCACGCCUGCGGGCACGACACGCACGUCGCCAGCCUGAUGGCCAGCGCCGUGCUCCUGCACGCCGCGCGCGCCCACUGGGCCGGGACGCUGGUGUGCAUCUUCCAGCCGGCCGAGGAGCAGCUGGACGGGGCGCGCGCCAUGCUGGCGGACGGCCUGUACGACAAGAUCCCCGCGCCCGAGGUGGUGCUCGCGCAGCAUGUCAUGCGCAUGCGGACCGGCACCGUCAGCGUGCGCGCCGGCCGCUUCCUGACCGCCGCCGACGCCUUCGACGUCCGCAUCUACGGCCGCGGCGGCCACGGCUCCGCGCCCCAUACCUGCAUCGACCCCAUCGUCGCCGGCGCCGCCGUCGUCACCAAGCUGCAGAGCAUCGUCAGCCGCGAGGUCACCCCCGGCGAGAUGGCCGUCGUCACCUGCGGCAGCAUCCAGGCCGGCCAUGCCCACAACAUCAUCCCGGAUUACUGUGAUCUCAAGCUGAAUGUGCGCACGUACGAUGCGGGCAUCCGCAAGCGCGUGGUCGAGUCGAUUCGCAGGAUCGUCGAGGCCGAGUGUGAGGCCGCCGGCUGUGUGCAGAAACCGUUGGUCAAGCUUACGUAUUCCACCCCGGCGACGAUUAAUGAUGGGAAGUUGGUCGAGACGCUGAAGGGUUCGUUUGGGGAGUACUUUGAGGAUGGGCUGGUGGAGUCCGAGCCUGCGGCGGCGAGUGAGGAUUUCUCCUUGCUGGCCACGGCGGUGGGCGCGCCGUAUGUGAUGUGGACGUUUGGCGGCGUCGAUGCCGAGACCUGGGAUGAUGCCGUCAAGAGGGAUGUCGUGCGCGAGCUGCCGAGUAACCACUCGCCGUUCUUCGCCCCAGUCAUCGAACCUACGCUGCAGACCGCGGUGGAUGCCAUGGCCGUGGCGGCGAUGACCUUCUUGCAACGGAAGAAGUGAUUGGCAUUCUUCUUCGUGUUGUUUGUUUGCGAGGGGUGUGACUGAUUGAUUAAACCCCUCGUGGUAUCAUAAUCCACGUACUGUACAUAGAGAACCCAAAAGCGUUGCAUGGCGAAUCUGUAACUCUCCAUCAUUCAUCCAUCCCAUCCCAUUUCAUGCUCGACUCGAUACAUGCACCACCACCUUCCCGCGCGCCCGCUCCGAGCGCAACUUCUCGAAAGCCUUGGGUGCAUCCUCAAACUCAUAGACACUAUCCAGCACGACCUUCACCUUUCCAUCCCUGAUCAGCUCACCCACUCUCACCAGAUCCUCCUUCUUAGGCUUCCAGAAGAUAGGCAAGUACCGCCGCUUCCCGCCACCCAAGAAGCUCGGCCGCAGCAGGCGCGUCGCGAAGGUCGGGAA